CCAUUGGUGCUCCCUUUGCACAUGCGCUCGACUGCCCUUUCCGCUUCGCGACAGACGCCGCACUCUGCUGCGUUUAUGGAAGGAAGUUUGCGAGCCAGACCUAUAAUUUCAGUGACUCUGCACGUCCUCUUCUAGCUUCUCAAGUCUUUCUGAAGCAGUGAGUGGUUCGUGGAUCUAAAAGUACGUAGUCUCAACAUUUGGGAGCUGGGAACAGAGGCCUGGAACAUAGUUUUCGUGGAGCCUCCUGUACCCUGAACGCCCUAGGUGAAUACUCGCCGACGGCCACGGAACCUUUUCGAAAGUGCUGCAUGAAAGUUUUUCUCAUAACAGAGGGAAAACUGAAGUGGUCCAAGCCGUGUUGCUGAUUCAGGUUCUGUCAAAGACGAUGCAGAAACUGUAGUAAUUCAGAACCGUGUAUUUGAAAAUCUGAUGCUUAUCCGAUGCUGCGUGGGUCCGGACAGGACAUCUCAUUGACCACCUGUCUUGGAGCUUUUGAGCCAUGGCAGCAGAGGAGCCAGGAGCAGCCUUCUCAUCAGCCUGGCGGCGCGAGGAAGUGCCUGAAAAACCGAACUAUGCCCUCAAACUUACUCUCGUGGGGCACACGGCAGCAGUGUCAUCAGUUAAGUUUAGUCCUGACGGGGAAUGGCUAGCAAGUUCUUCUGCUGAUAGAGUAAUUAUAAUUUGGGGAGCAUAUGAUGGGAAAUACAAGAAAACACUAUAUGGUCACAAUCUGGAAAUAUCAGAUGUUGCCUGGUCAUCAGAUUCUAGUUGUCUUGUUUCCGCCUCAGAUGAUAAAACUCUAAGGAUAUGGGAUGUAAGAUCUGGAAAAUGUUUGAAAACACUACAGGGGCACAAUGAUUAUGUCUUUUGUUGUAAUUUCAAUCCCGCAUCCACCCUAAUCGUUUCAGGAUCUUUUGAUGAGAGUGUGAAAAUAUGGGAAGUGAAAACAGGAAAGUGCCUCAAGACUUUGACUGCUCAUUCUGACCCAGUUUCUGCUGUUCAUUUUAAUAGUAUGGGGUCCUUGAUAGUGUCAGGUAGCUACGAUGGUCUGUGUAGAAUCUGGGAUGCUGCCUCAGGACAGUGUUUAAAAACCCUUGCUGUUGAUGAUAAUCUUCCUGUGUCUUUUGUAAAAUUUUCUCCAAAUGGUAAAUAUAUUCUGACUUCAACUUUGGACAGUACUCUUAAACUGUGGGACUACAGCAGAGGGAGAUGCUUGAAGACAUACACUGGUCAUAAGAAUGAGAAAUACUGCGUAUUUGCCAAUUUUUCGGUUACUGGUGGAAAGUGGAUUGUGUCGGGUUCGGAGGAUAACCUGGUUUACAUUUGGAACAUUCAGACUAAAGAGAUUGUGCAGAAAUUACAAGGUCAUACAGAUGUUGUGAUCGCAGCAGCUUGUCAUCCUACAGAAAACAUCAUUGCGUCAGCAGCAUUGGAAAAUGACAAAACAAUUAAACUAUGGAUGAGUGACUACUAAAACCUUUGGAAAUCAAGUCGUAAAGCCAACCUGGCAAAAAACAGAUUUUUCAGUCGGGUGGUGGCACGUCUGUAAGCACUCUGGGAAGCAGAGGCAGAAGGAUCACAAGUUCAAGCCCUGCCAGGGCAAUUUAGUGGGACCCCAUCUCAAG